AUCAACAACAUAGAGCCAACCAGAGCAAAGCGUGCGGCUCCGUUUCACCACCUGAACCGAAGAGAUGCGAUUCUAGACUUCUCCCAAAUCCCAUCCUUCUACACCUUUCCCAUGCGAUUCACAUCUUGAUACUUUGAUGCGAACACACGCUUUUUUGGUUCCCGAUCUCUGCGUCUUAGUACAGCGACUGCGAUCUUGGGUUUCAGUCUGUUCAUUCACACAUACCAUCGUCUCCUACCUCUGUCGCGUCAUCACUGCAAUUAGAUGAAUUCGCUACCAAUUCGUCUCGCGCCCCCGCAAGAGACGAAGGCAGAAUCUUCAUCGACCGUCCAGCCCGUUACUGAAGAUGCUGUAGCAAGGAUUGGGCCUGAUGGGGAUCUCGGGUCUCAUGGCAAUCACCAGUUUUGGUUGAAAGAGAUCAAAAUUGCGGAAAGCUUAUAUACGAUCCAUGGCAGCGCCAAGCAUCUUCUCGACUUUACGGGAAAUAUGCUGGGAUGUGAUGAUAAAGCUGCCCCUCGCAGGCCGAUAGCCAUGAUGAGCGACAGCGACGUGGCGUUCAUGUCGCAGCUCACGAACGAAAUAGCUCGGAGCGUCGGAGGCAUCUCUGCCGCCAGAGCUUACGGGGUGAGGUCCAAUAAGCGGAAGAGCAAACGAUUGGAGAAUCGCGAAAUGAUCCAACAAUGGACUUCUGCACAUUCUAGCAGUUCCAAACGCAUACACCUUUCGAAAGAGGAGUCGUCUUGUCACAAAUGUGGCCGGACUGACACCCCCGAAUGGCGCAAGGGUCCGGAGGGACCAGGGACGCUUUGCAAUGUCUGUGGCUUACUCUACGCAAAGACUAAACAGAAAGGGAAGGCACAUCACUAAGAGGGAGAAGCAUUCGAUUUAAUUACGUUUGGGGAUGCUAUCCUGGCCACCCGGCCAGGCAACUCUGCCAAAACUCGGAUCCCUGUGCCACAGCAACAGCACCUUUCGGGUGACGGUUCAAAGUAUGGCGGCACGGCGCAAGGCGGGGAAAGAAAAUCUAUGGUCCGCCGGCAUGAAGAGUGCCAUCUAUGCGCCCAGAAUCUGCCACUCUAUUGAACUCG